AUGGCGCCCGAUUCUCCCGCCGGGAAGCGCAAGCGCGGCCGGACGCGGCUAGGGCAAAACAACAAGCAGCGCGCAGACGCGUCGGGGGGCCAGCACAUGGCCCGCCGCGACGGCGAUGACGACGACGACAGGCCGAAAAAGCGCGGCAAGGUGAUGGAGAAGCACGUGGAUUCGCCGCCGGCCAUGGACGCGCAACCGCGCAAGAGGGAAAGGCCGCGCAAGUCGUUGGAUGACGCUGCUCAGCAUCGGCUGCAACCCGAAGACGAGCCGCAGCCUGGGCCAUCGCGAAAGGGACGCAAACGCCAGCAAGCACCCCAAGAGCCACAGCAAGAACCUCUAGAUCAGCGACAGGAAGCCGCGCCCGAGGCAGCGCCCGAGGCCCCUCGGAGAAGACACAAACGCCAGUGGGGGCCACAGGCACAACGGUCAGAGCCCACGGACAAGCAGCCGGCGACGGACGAAGCACCGCGGAGGAAGAGAGCCCGUCCGUCGUUGCAGAAUCCGGAACCGGCGCCGCGCGGGAAACGCGGCCGACCUCCAGUCCCGGAGCGUCCUGAGAACGAGGUUGCGCACCAGGAAGCAGACGAAGAGCCAGACGCGAGGACUCGCAACCGAGCACGGCCGUCUCAACGGGGGGUGUCGCCGUCCCAAGCCCAGAACGGCCCCGCCGAGCGUCGUAAAAAAGGCCAGCGACCAUCGCAGACGCAAGAAAAGUCCGAUCAAGAACGCACACGAAGGGAAAAUCGCCCGAGCGGAGCCAUGCCGACGACCGGAUCUUCUAAUAGAAGACGCGCUAUCCCCGAGCCAUCGCUGCCCGUCACCGAACCGCGCGACCCCAAACGCCGCCGAUCGCGCCAGCACGUCGAUGAAGACGACGCAGCCCCCGUGUCCCCCUCUGCCCCUCCGCCAUCGCCCCCCAAACCCUACGUCCACAUCGUGCCUCGCGUCCGCCACGUCCGCCAGUCCACGAUUGCGGCAAAGUGGUCGCCACUGACGGGCCCGUCGCUGUCGGCCGUCUCGGCCCUGCUGCAGCUCGCCCACCAGCCCAUCCUGCAGCGGCUGUCAAGCACGCACCAGCGCCGCGCGCACGCGUCGGCGGCACUGCGUCUCAUGGCGCGCCGCAUCUCGCGCAAGGUCGCCGCCCGCGGGUUGCCCUUUCCCCCGGCGUCGAUGCCCGCGGCCUCGCGCCGCGGCGGCCAGCAGCAGCAGCAGCCGUCGGAUGGGGGUCGCGAGACGGAGCUCGACUUUGAGAGCGUGCUGGACGCCAAGGCCGCGCUCGAGGCGCAGCUCGGGCCGGCGGCGCACGCUGUUGAACUGCUGAGGCGUGAAAGGGACAGCAUUGAGAAGGAGCUCGAGAGGGACUAUGAGACGCUGAGGGAGCUCGAGGCCCGGGCCAGGUCGCAGACGAGGGAACAGAGAGGGCUCUUGAAGAAGGCGCACGCGCUGACACCCCUGGCCAUGAUCCCGGAGCAGCCGUACGAUGCGCGUGCGGAAGAAGGCGUCCUAACGGCAAGCGGCCUGGCGACUGCCACGACCUCAUCGGGCAACCUCUUCACCGGUCUCGCAGCCGACGACGCCAACACGGACGACGGGGGAGAGCUACGGCAGCUCGCCGUCCAGCUCGGCGGGCACGUCGAGAGCAUGCGCGCCAACCUGCGGCAGGCCGACGGCAUCGUCCCGCAACUUGCCCGCGCCCGCGCCGCUCUGCAAGCCGCCCUGCACACGCAUCUUGACCAGGACCAAUACGAGCGCGUCGUCCUCGGAUGA